AUGAAGGUUCUUGUCCUUGGUGCCAGCGGGUUCAUUGGCUCGGCGGUCACUCAUGCGUUCGUCCGUGCUGGCCACAUUGUUUGGGGACAGACUCGUUCUCAGGAGACUGCGGACACUCAGUUUAGCCCGUGCGAGAUCAUUCCGGUAGUGUGCGACCCCACCACCGAGGACGGCCGUGUGAUCUGGACAAACAUUGCCAAGCAGAUAGACGUUGUUGUUGAUUGUCUUGCUGCCGGAGGAGCUGACCAGGCCCUUGGCAUCUUCAACGCCUUCCUUGAAGCUGUCAAGGGACGGCCCGAGGGCUCGCCCCGCCCGACGUACGUCUACUGCAGUGGCCACUACGUGAUGGCAAGAGGUUAUGGCGGUUUGGACGAGUGGUCGGACGAGCGUCAGCCGGCUGAGGCCCCGAUCAAUAAAGGGACCAUCUGGCGCACCAAGAUUGAAGGGGCAGUGGUGGGCGAGCAGUCCAUAAACGGUAUUGUGGUCCGGCCCGCUUGCGUGUACGGCAGCAGCGGCUCCUAUUUUGGCGACUACCACUUCAAGCCAGCCCUCGAUGCGCUUGAGGCCGGCAAGACCGAGUUUGAGUCUAUCAUCUCGGACAACGGCAAGAUCCUCACCAUCCACAAGGACGACGCAGCUGACCUGUUCGUCCGCGUUGCCGAGGCAGCGCCGGCUUGCCGCGGUGAAGUCUUCUUAUCCGCUAAUCCAUCUACCGACAACAUCCGUGACAUUCUGGAUGCCAUCGUCCGCAUCACGGGUCUCAAGGGUUGGAAGGCCAAGAAGCCGGCGGACGCAUACGAGACCGCGUGGAUUACGCCUUUGCUCGCCCGCCCUUCGCUCGGCCAGGCCCUCACCGGUUGGCAGCCGAAGCGGAUGGCUGUGUCUGACGGCAUGGAUGUGUACUGGGUACGGAGCAGUGCCGGUGCGUGCUGA